AUGCCUUAUACAAACAAAGAAGCUAUUAAUAUAUUAACAAUUUCUCAAACAAUAUUAAAAUUUUGCUGCUUAAUACCAAUUGACGGUCUUUCAAAGAAAGCUAAUUUAUAUUUAAUUCUUUUGAGUAACGUAUAUGUUUCGAUGUUUGCAGCCACUGCUAUAGCUAUGAUGGUUUAUCAGUUUGCCGUAGGCAUAGAAGACGUUUACGCUACAGUGGAGUGCGUAAUAUCUUUUUUUGAUUACAUUAGUUUUGUGUACAUUAGCGUAAUUUGGUUUACUGGCAAAAAGGCUGAUGUCAAAAAGAUUUUUAAAGAUAUUAAUACAUUUUUGAAAUUCUGUGAAGUGGCAGUAAUCAAGGAAGCUGAAGAUAAGGUACACUUUUAUUCUAAACUCUUAACCAUUUACUUCUGCUUUGGCAUAACUCUUAAUGGUUUAUUGCCUGUAAUAAACAUACAAAAUUGUCACUCCAAUCGAGCACUAGAACUUUAUCAGAAAUAUGAUCCUUGUGGAAGUAUAGUAAGAAGCCUAUAUCCGUUUGAUACCAGAGGGGCUGUGAGAACAUUUUCGCUUAACUUAGCUAUGAUAAUAACUUCUUGCUUUAUUUGUUUCGGAUUUCUUGGUGUCACAAUGGUGCUAAUAGGAUUAUUUAUACAUAUAAUAGCACAAAGCCAUAAUCUUAAUAAAAAAUUAGUUAUUGCUUUUGAUGAGAAAAAUGAGGAUAAAAUGGAAGAAAAUUUAAUGACAUGCAUAGGCUACCACCGAGCUAUAAUCAGCUACGCCGAAAGAGUAUUUGAUGUUUUUAAAUUACUAAUCCUAGUUCACAUUUCAAUAACAUCGAUGAUAUUUGGACUAAUACUUUUUUUUAUAUUAAAAUUAGAAAGUUAUGCAGAUAAAUUAAGAUAUAUGGCUCAUCUAACUGGAUGGCUGGUACUGCUAUUUAUUACUUGCUUUUAUGGACAAUGUAUUACUGAUAAAAGUGCUUUCACCGCCAACGCAGCUUAUUCAAGUGCUUGGUAUAAAGCGCCAAUCAGAUUGCAAAAAAGCCUACAGCUAAUUAUUUUAAGAUCUCAACGACCACUUGCUCUAAAGUCUGAAACGUUUGGAGUUAUUUCUUUGGUUACAUUUUUAAUGGUAGUAAAAGGCGCGUACUCAUUUUUUACUGUUAUGAUUACUGUAUCGGAAUAA